AUGGACAAGUCUGGCACACUGAAACAUUUGGUUCCCGGAACCAUUGUCGAGGAACAUUUGACAACUUGCAAGCUGGGCCCACAGAAGUGUGGCUUGUGCGCAGUUCACCAAGCUUGGGUGUCCCACAAAAAACCGUGGUUGAGAGUCGUACUGGUGGAGGGCGAAGCCAAACUUGGUUGCUCCACAUGCGCCAAAGCUGGUUGGGAUGGACCAUGGGCGCAAUUCCAGCAGCUGCCAGGUGCACGCCUGCGCAAACAUAAUUUGGACAGGCACGAGCAAUCGAAGGGGCACCGGAAAGCAAUGGAGAGCAAUGCUGUGGAACUAUCAAUAUCUGGGGCGCCACCUGCGGAGGACUUUAAAACAUGUUUGCAGGGCAUGAUGCAAGGACAGUCUGCAAGGCAGGGGGGCGUGUGUUCGGACAAGAAAAACCGCAUGCGCUACGCAUUGUCCGAAGCAAUUUGCAGUCGGAAUCGCAAAUUACUCUCAGAAGCACAUCACGUGUCACUGAUGAGAGAUGAGCGCAAGGGGAAGCUUCUUGUCCGUUUCAAAGCAGUUCUGAAGGACCUGACUACGGUUCACGGUGUCUUCGGAAUGUGCGAGGUACCAGGCUCUGCUGAGAGCAUUGCUGCGGCAACUGCUGACUUAAUGCAAAGCUUCUGCCAGCCUAUGCGACAGCCUCCGCGGGGCUCCAAAGCCGAGGAGCAGCCGGUAGAUGCGGAACUACUACGGAAGAUACAAGAAUCAGUCACCAUUGUCGUAACCGACGCAGCUGCGUCAGAGCUUCUGGCGGGGGACUUAGAGCGUGGCCGCAGGGCAUUUGCAGAUCAGAUGGGCCAAGCGAAUUUGACGAGCGUCAAACUCAUUGGUCGAGAUGUGGCGCACGCGUCUACACGUCUCUUAAAGCGGCCCUUCCAAUCUUGCGAAGCUCUCAGGUCCAUUAUGACGGAAUGGAUCCAUGGAUCCGACAGCUUCGCGCAGAAGGUGCACCACAGCCACAUUCUCAGCCAAUGGUGGGCUAAGGCAGUGCAAUGUCAAGAGGAUUCAGACCUGCUGGGGCACCAGUGCACUUCCCUCGCAGCAGCCAAGCAUCGCUUUUCUUCCUACUUCAACCCGUUGUCCCGCAUUGUCAAAAAUUUACAGGCAGUUUUCAACGUUUGCGGGCGUGUUCAAGCCAUGCGAGGCGCUGAUGCUGCUUGGGCCACGCAGCUGUGUCAGAAUUUUAGUUCCUUCAAAGCAGUUCUCCUCGCAAUGGCUGCUGAUGCUGCGGCAAUCAGCAACGACUACUGUAGACAAGUGGACCGAGAAGAGGUGGAUGUGGCAACGCUCAACAUGGGAGCAAACCAUUUCAUCUCUUCAGCUCGAGCCCUCUUUGUCGACCGCCAAGUUCUCACCUUACCAACAUUCACGAAAGAGCUGUUGGACAGGAAGGCUUCAGUCACCAUCCUUCAGGAUGGCUUCGCUUAUGAUGUCAAAGAAUGGGCGUCGCUUGCGGAAGAAGUGGUGGCGCAUGAGUUCCCCAGCUGGCACCUCUUUGCUGCAUUUGAAGUUUUCAACUUGGCUGACGAAGGCAAGCGACAAAAUCCGGAUGUUGUGCGGAACUUGCAAAGGCUGGCCCAAGCUUUUGCGGUUUGCCCGGAGAAGCUCAAGGAGCAAUAUGCUCGCUUGAUGCCGAUUGCUACGGCAAUCAAAAAACAAGGCGGGCUGUCCAACCGGGACGCUUGGAAGGAGGCACUGCAACGCACGAGCAGCCGCAAGGGCGCCCAAAACCAGAGGCACGAGCACUCGGCCCUGAGGGAAGUCAUUGCUCCGUACCAAGGCUGGACAGCUGCCAGCAGCGGGGUGGAACAAGUAUUCUCCAAAUUGAAAAGAAGUCCAGUGGAGCUUUCCAAUGCAUCCGCUGAGACUGACCGACGCACUGCGUGUGUGAUGGGCGAUGGACAAGCCGUGGCUGCCAUGGCAGACAUUGUCACAGACGCUCGACAAAUAUAUGCUUCUCUUUUGCAUUCCGGCGUGGCCCGUCCGCGGACACGCGUCAGGUUCGAUUGCGGGACAAAAGGCGGCUGCAGAGAAGGCACCUUUGCGCACUGGAACCGCAACCGGAAGCAAGCUGUGGCAGAGGCAGUGCAGAGCUAUACGACGCCGCCUCGGAAGCCGUCUGCAGUACAGACUGUAUCUGCGCUGAAAGAACGUGACUUUCAAAGGAAACAUGCUUUAAAGAGAAAAGCAGAAGCCUUAGCUGAUGGGCUGCUGCUUCCUGAUGAAGUCACGGAGGACGUUAGAACGGAGGCUGUCCGUGUUGCCAAGACAAACAAGCAAGCUGACCAGCAGCGUGCCAAGAAGAGGCGCGAUUACGAGCUGGGUGGACACUUGACUUCAACAACGAAGACACCCGACUGGGCUUGCCAGGGUCUGACUGGCCCUGCUUGGUUUUGUCAGAAAUUGGGGCCGCAAGAGGAGCUCCACAAACGGCUCCAGGGGCACUCGGACCUGCGGCAGGCGAAGCUAUUCAUUGUGAAUGACUUCGCGACCGUGGAACGGAAAGUUCGGUUCAUGGUCGAGGAGCCAGGCCUGACGCUGCUGCUCAGGGAAGCUUGCCAACGAGGAUGGCGUGCAGUGAGAGCUGAAGACUUGAAGGGGAAAGCCCAUUUGAAGAAGAAAUCCCUGAAGACAAUCCCAGUGACCAAAGCAGAGUUGCGAGCCCAACUGCUGCGUGUGAAUGACUUGGCGUCUGAUUGGCAAGACCGAUUGAGGAAGCAUUCGCGCCAAACGACUGGUCACUGCUCAGGAUAUGGCUCAGACCUGGUCGCGUACAGGCUUUUAGGCUUGAAGGCCCGGGUGCGCCCGGUGAUGAUGUCAGAAGUUGACGCGAACAAGGUCAUCCUUUACCAGGCAGUCGCGCAAGCUUGCGGCUGGAACAUGGAUGGACUGAGGCCCAUCGACAUGUUUCUACGGAAACCGGAAGACAUGAAACACGCAGAUGUGUACAUAGCCGGCUACCCAUGCCCGAGCUUUUCCAAUCUCGGGAAACAGGCCGGCGUCGAUGACCGCAGGGGCCUCUUAACCUUGAAGGGGUUGGAGUACGUGGCACUAUGGCGCCCAAAGGUGGUCGUUUUGGAACAGGUGAAAGCGAUUUUGCAAAAGAAAUACACCAAGGUGUGGAAUUACGUCCUGAAAAUUUUGCGACAGCUGGAUUAUGUGAUAGACUUCAAAGUCUUGGACACGAGAAACUUUGCGGUGCCGCAGAGUCGCCCACGGGUUUAUUUGCUGGCUGUGGCCAAGGAAAUCUGUGCGGAUUGUAAGGUGUCCGUGCCAGAAGGCGCAGCCGCAAUCCAUCGGAUGCCCGCGCGCACAGUGGAAGGAAGCAUCGGCGAUGCUAUGAGCAUCAAUGUGCUAGCAACUGUGGUCAUGCACGGUUUGUCCGUUGGUGGAUUGGCCAACUUCAAGGCAAAGAAGGAUGCUGACCCUGCAGCUGCGGCUGCUUCGCCAGACACUGACCCAACCAACUCAGCGUAUUACGCGCAGUUGGAGGCAGAUGUCAAGACAAUUUUGCAGGAGUUCCCAGGUAUUGAGAAAGAAAAGCCGUGCAAGGACGAGCUUUCAGCAGAGGAAUGGGCCUUGCGAAGAGACAAGUGGCGCGCAGUCCUGCUGAGCGUUCCUGCCGCGUUCAAAGACGCUUCUGGGUCCGAACCUGACCAGGUUUGGGUCCAGGCGUGGAACAGGAGGCAAAGCUUGAAACAGGAACAUGAAAGCAUGGCCCGAACCGCUAUGCAAACUGCGAUUGAAAUCGAUCAGUUCAAAACCAUGUGCGAGGAGCUUCCUUCUUGCAAAGGCAGGCUUUCGCCCGCGCAGUUAGCGCAGGAAUUUAGCACCUUGGGAUUGCAGAGCGUGCAGGGAGGCAAAAGAGACGAGGAGAAUGAGGGCAGGCUCACCGCCAACCUGAUCAGCCAAGCCUUGGCUGUGAAGAAAGGCGUCUUGUCGUCGGCUCGCGCGGUUGAGCUGCUCCUUGAAUUGGAGACGUCCUACGGGACCCGUUCGCCCUUUCACUCGUUGAGUCGGCUGCGCAUCGCCUCCACCAAGCCAAGCACGACCCAGAUGAGAGACUGGGUCUUGGAGUCUAUUGUCGAUUGGUUGGCGCAUGAUUUGCUCCAACUCGGAGACAUCUCCAACAGCUCCUUGGCUGGCGCAAAACACCAAACUGGACUGGUGCAAUUGUUCGAACUGAAGAAGAAGGUGCUCGACUACUUCUUCGACAUUCUACUGCCCAAGAGCGGCAUGUCAGAAGCCGAUCGAGUGUUGCUCAAAGCCAACACAGCGCGUCAUGACACGUACAGGAUGCAUAGUGGACAAGCAGACUGCAGCUGGAUGGCGCGUUUGAGGAAAUCAGCCAUUGAAGCCUUUCACCUUUUGGAGGAUCUCACGUACGGCAAGAAGUACGACAACGGAUUGAGACAAGCCGCCAAAGCCGGGGGUGCUCCUGAAGCAGUUUUGGAACACGAGCUCGUCAAAGAACAGUGGGACAAAGUGCUGGCUACUUUGAAAAACGAAGAAGCGGAAAGGAAGGCGGCAGAGGACCUGGCAGUAGGAGCUGCGGAGUCUGCCCCUGACACCUCAAACGAGCUGGAGCAGCUCAGGAAGCCGCCGAGUCAACAUUCCCAAGGGUCUGAAAAAUAUUGGAAAGCAGUGGCCAACCAGACGGUCAGGACCUACUGUUCUUUCCCCGUUGAGCCCAAAACUUUGGAGGGGGUCAUCAGCUUGGUUUCCCAAACUUCCUUGCGAGAUUUCCAAGGUGAGGGUGGCAAGAGUUGCGUCCUGACUCACUUGGAUCUGGACGGUUUGGGAGAAAGCAUGGGGCCCAACCAGCGACCUCUUCUAAGGAAGAAAUUUGUGGCCGAGCCUGCUUUGCUCAAAAAGUUGCUCCACGGAGCCAUGAUUGGCAGGAAUGCUCAGCGCAAAGGCGAUGAAGCUACCUGUCCUGCUGAGGGUGAGGUGGUCGUCAUCCAUUGCGGCGCUGACCGCUCUGGAAAAGAUGCUGAGUCUUUGUUCCGACCGGCAACGGCCCGCAAGGACCAGCCAAUCGAAGCGGAGCAGAAAGACAUCACAGUCAUUUUUUCGGACAGUUCGAUCCGCAGUCGGAAACAAAGGAGUGAAAAGGAAGAGUGUCUGACAAGGGACCGCACCGUGUCCCUUACGGAAGCGGCCGCCCAGAAGGAGAAGGACGUGUCCACCGAGAGCGUGUUCAGCGCCCUUACCUUGCCCUGCGCCUUUUACCGUAGCUUUUUGAAAGCUCACAGCGUCCAAGCGGUGUUAGACCUCUCCAGUUGCCAAGGGGAAUUGGCGAAAGCUUGUGUGGCUGAGAGGGUGCCUUUUGUCGGGCUGACACUGUCGGAAAGCCAUUCGGCCAAGCUGGAAAUGAUUCUGACGAAUUUCGUCCUGACCCAAAUGCAGACUGAAGGUUCGACCUUCUACCGUGCAGACGCAGCUGCUGGGCCUGCAGCUGGAACCAAACGCAAGGCUGAGACUGAGACUGAAGGUUCUCAGGGCCAGGAGCGCCCAAAGGCCAAGGCCAAGGGAAAGGGCAAAGCAAAGAGUGCCAACAACAAGCCGAACGAAAAUGAAGAGGAGAAUCAGAACGAGGAAGAAGAGACUGCCGCUCCCGGCACCGC